AUGCACAUCGAGGGACCUCAUUAUAGCAACACGUCGUCCAGCUUUGCUUUUGUCGAGCUACAGGGAGUCAGACUGGGCCAUGUGCAUGCGCGAGGAGGCGUUGCUGUACCUUCCAUGCUGCAUGGAUCUGCAGACCGUCCAGACUCUGUUCCAUUUCCGAGGAGUGGAACUAUGGGAUGGCAUUACAGUAAAAACUACAGCAAUGUGCUUCCGAUUUUAGUGAAGAACUCAAUAAAAACGGGGCGAGGGAAAGGAAAAACGAGAGGAAAGUCCUUUGUUAGGACUGGCCCUCACUCGCAGUAUCCUUUUCCUUCACUUUUUCCUUUUCCUGCUCUUCAAUCUCCUUGUCCUCCAUCUCCUUGGCCAACCGCUUUCUCCGCACGACUCGUCCCCACACGCAUUGCUCAUUCACUUCCUUCGCGUCGGCCGUAUUGCUCCAUAGCUUUCGCUUGCGGUUCGCAUUCUCCAUGUAGUCGCCCGUCCCUUCCACAGCUUUGA